UUUUCUGGCCAUGGGUGGCUUGGGUUGCACCAGCAUCGGUUAUCUAUAUCCAUCUCUUUUCUUCACCCUUCUCUUCUUUUCUAUGAACCACCAUUUUCAUUACUUGCCUUUCCCUUAUUAUAAACAUGCCAAAUUCUCCCUCCCACACCAUUUCAUUUUCUCCCUCCCAAACAAUUUCACACUCUCCCUCACCGAUAAUUCCACCCUCUCCAUCCCGAACAAUUCCAGACUCUCCCUUCCUGUAAGCUCCAAACUCUCCAUUCCAAGUAACUCCACACUAUUCUCCAACAACACUCAAGUCUCCGAUGAUUUACACCCCGCCGAUCGUCUCAACAAUUCAAGCACAAAUAGCACUGGAUCUACUCAACAUGUCAUUAUAGUGCAUGAGAAGAAUCCGUUUGAGAAAAUGGAAGAAGGGUUAGCUAGGGCGAGAGCUGCGAUAAGAGAAGCAGGUCGAUCAAGACGACACACAUCAUACAGAAAGGGGGUUUUUGUGCCCCGAGGAUCCGUUUACAUCAACCCGUAUUCCUUUCAACAGAGCCACAUAGAGAUGCAGAAGCUAUUUCGAAUUUGGCCAUACAAGGAAGGAGAGCCACCACUCUUCUACAACGGUCCAGUGAAUGACAUAUACUCCAUCGAAGGACAGUUCAUGGAUGAACUUAGGAGGAGCCCUUUUGCAGCAAGAGACCCCAAUGAAGCUACUUCGUUCUAUCUUCCCAUCAGUGUUGUCAACAUUGUGAGGUACGUUUAUAGACCUUACACAAACUACUCACGCGUACGGCUUCAGAACAUCAUCGAGGACUACAUUGGUAUAAUGGCAAAGAGAUACCCAUACUGGAAUAGAAGCAAUGGGGGAGAUCAUUUUCUUGUUUCUUGCCAUGAUUGGGCACCGGAUGUUUCAGUUGGCAACCCUAAGCUCUUCAAGAACUUUGUCAGAGUACUCUGCAAUGCCAACUCUUCAGAAGGAUUUCAAGCAAUCCGAGACGUCUCUUUACCCGAAAUCAAAAUCCCUUUUGGCAAACUCGGUCCGCCCAUCCUCAAGCGUCCCCCACAAAACCGUUCAAUCUUCGCCUUCUUUGCAGGUGGUGAUCAUGGACAUGUGAGGGAGCUCCUCUUCCAGCAUUGGAAAAACAAAGACAGUGAGAUCAAAGUCCAUGACUACCUCCCCAAAACCCAGAACUACACAGAGCUAAUGAGCAAAAGCAAGUUUUGUUUGUGCCCUAGUGGGUACGAAGUUGCGAGCCCUAGAGUCGUCGAAGCAAUUUACACAGGUUGCGUUCCGGUGAUCAUUUCAGAUGCUUACGUUCUUCCCUUCAGUGAUGUGCUUGACUGGAGAAAGUUUUCGAUUCAUGUUCCGGUAGCAAAGAUACCAGAGCUGAAGUCGAUUCUACGAAAAGUUUCUGAGCGCGAGUAUGUGAAAAGGCAUAUGAGGGUGCUGCAAGUGCAGCGACACUUCGUGCUGAAUCGGCCGUCAAGGCCAUUUGAUAUGUUGCAUAUGGUGAUGCACUCAGUUUGGCUCAGAAGGCUUAAUUUGAGGUUGUUGAGGUAAUCAACAUUCACUUCCUAGUUCAUGGACUUGUGUAAUUAGUUAUAUUUUCUUUUCCCCUGUUGAGCUUGGAGAAUAGGUUUUAGUACGUAGUACUUAGAAGUUGUGUGAAAAAUAAUGACUCAAUAUCAACUUAGAAGCAAACUGUGUCCAGUCAUUUAGCAAGGGGAAAUGGAAGAGUCAUGUAUCUAGCUAACGCAACUUUACACCUGAAAUUGCAAUAUGAUAGGUUG